CGGCGGCGGCGGGGCGGCAGCAGCCGCGUGGCCCCGCUUGGCAAGAGCGCAGGCUGCGGUGCCUGGCUGUGGCCAUAGGAACCGGCGCAACGCCAAACAAAGCUGGGUCCUCCUCCCUCGCUCCCUCCUCCCGCCCCGCCACACGCGCACCCUGGGGGCAUAAGGAGGGAGGAGACAGCGCAGCUCCGGUCUCUGCAGCGGCGCUGGCGACUCCGUCCCGCCGCCGGCACUAUGCGCUGGGCGCUGCCGCGGGAGCCGCCGGCGCGCUAAGAGGAGGAGAAGGAGGAGCAGGCGCGGCGGCCGGAGGAGGGACUCGCGCCCGGGAGUCGUCGGAUCUGCCCCGGGCCCGGGAGUGAAGGCGGAGCAGGUGCGGCGACAGGAACGGCAGUACAAGCCUCAGCGACCGAGGCUGCAUUGCUGUGGGUGGCAAGGAGGGCGCCGGGGAAGGGGGAAGAUCAUUUAUAAACGACUGAAGCUGGAGGGCACGGCAGCCCGCCCCCACCCCUUCCCCGGCGGACACGGCGGCUUGUUCUCCGAUUGCGCAGAAGCCUGAAUACACGCACACGCUCGGUUUUUUCUAUUCGUGUGAAAUUCCAGAAAGGAUCUGGCACCGAUUUGGAUUUCCAUUUCUUGCUCCUGUUAUUUCACAUUGCCUGGCAUCUGCCUGCACCAUCUUAUCCCGGUCUGCUCACCUUACCCUCUUCACAACCCUGCUCGGGACUGGAAAGCGCUCUGCUUUUGACAUAUCUUAGAGAGUACCCAUUAUUGUUCUCCACAUGCUUUAAUUUGGAGUUGCACAGAAUUUACCUUGAUGCAUUCGGGUCGCAUAGAAGUUUCUACGCGGAUUCGGCUUGCGCAACGCUCAAAGCCGCUUUAAGGAGCACCUAUUUGAACUGCGUACAAGAAGUACUAUAUUCUGGCCUGAGCCGAAUAGCACAUUGAAUUCGGGUAUUGUAACAUUGCACCGUGGCCUCCAGCUUCGUUUGCACAGGAUUGCACAACCGUCGGUCCACUGAUUUCCUUAACGCGCUCCUUACCUCUUCUGAUCCGGAUUGCAAAGCAAUCCCUGCACUGCUCUGGAUUGCACGUUGCCUGCACAAAUCCGGAUUAUCUUGCUGCUGAGAGUGUUUUAUUCACAAAGAUAUAAAUAUGUUGCCGGGAUCUAUCCAGAUCUCUGGGGAGACUUUAUCAAGUGCCGAGAUUCGGGAUAUCUGUGAGAGCCUGAGAGAGAACUCCAUCAAACUGCUUUCGCUCCGGGGCUGUCAGCUUUCCGACAGAGAUUUUGGACGCAUCUGCAGGGGGGUCGCAGAAUCUCACUCCUUAGCUCAACUUAAUCUUAACUUGGGGAUUGUCUCCAAUAUCAAUCGGGUCAAGCAACUGGCUGAAGCCCUGAAGACCAACCGCUCUGUCCAGUCUUUGUUCCUCCAUGGAAGUCCCCUGACAGAUGCUGGUCUGGCUCUUCUGAACCCAGCACUCUCCAUCCAUCCCUCCCUAGUGGCCUUGGACUUAGGGGACUGCAUGCUGGGUGAUGAAGGUAUUAACUUGAUCUGUGGACUGCUCCCUCCUGAUGGCGCCAAGUCAGGUUUGAAGGAGUUGACUCUCAGUGCUAACCCUGGCAUCACAGCCAAAGGAUGGGGGCGCCUGGCUAUUGCAGUGGCUCAUAGUUCCCAGGUGCGAGUGUUGAACUUGGACUACAACCCACUGGGUGACCAAAUAGCAGGAAUGCUGGCAGUUUCUGUGGCAUCCAGCCGCACCCUCGAGGUUUUGGACUUGGAAGGAACGGGACUCACCAACCAAUCAGCCUUGAUCCUGCUGGAUAUGGUGGAAAACUACCCGACAGCCUUGCGGACGCUGAUCCUGGCAGAGAACAACAUCAGCCCUGAACUUCAGCAGCAGAUCUCUGACCUUCUUUCUGAGGGUGAGGAAGACGACGAGACGGAGACCCAUGAAGUCAUGGCAAGAGAGAAGAACAACUGGAUCUGCCAGAGCAAUUCUAGUUCCCAGAUGGUCUUGGUAACUUCAGGCCUUGGAGAAAGUCUUCUAGCAGAAACAGAGAUGUGAAAAGGAAACUCCCAUUGCCUCUGAUGAGAACAUCACUUCCAUGUAUGUGGAAAGACUGUGUUUAUUUUUUAAAAAAGUGCAUUCACACAUAUAUCAUGUGUGAAUGUGUACUGUGCUUGUGUGUUUGCAAGUGAGUGUAUGCACUAGGCAAACAGAUGGGUGUGAAAGCCUAAUGUCUAUGUGUAAUUGCUGCGCCUGCCCUGAGUGCAGAUCCACACACUGUGUCUUACUGAAGUCACUUUUAGCUCCACACUGGGACGUGACCCAAGUUAAUCUCGAUGUCUGUGUCACACAACUUGUCAGUUGCUUGUGAUUGUCCAGUUGCUGUAUUCUUAGGUCGCACCAUCCAUUCUUGACUAAUCUUUGCGGGAGGCUGUAUUUAUUCAGAUGUGUAUAUUUAUGUAUAACAGAUACUUUUUAUUGCUUGUACCUAUGUCUUAAGUAGAAUUUUAUAUAAAGUUCACAGAAAUGG